UUCUGAAACUAAAGAUCAUAAGUUGCUCUUGGUUUCAUAAUUUUCAGAGACAAACAAAAAAUGACUGGGCAAUUCGGUGAUACCACUUUCACUAAGGUGUUCGUUGGAGGGCUGGCUUGGGAAACCCAGAAAGAUACAAUGAAGAAGUACUUUGAGCAAUUCGGCGAUAUCUUGGAGGCCGUCGUCAUCACCGAUAAAGCCACUGGCAGAUCUAAAGGCUAUGGAUUUGUGACGUUUCGUGAACCGGAAGCAGCCAUGAGAGCUUGCGUUGAUGCUGCCCCGGUGAUCGAUGGGAGAAGGGCUAACUGCAAUCUGGGUUGCUUGGGUGUUCAAAGAUCCAAACCUUCUACUCCAAAGCAUGGAGGAAGGAAUUCGAGGGGAAUGAAAUGUCUGCCGACAGCAACAACGUUUUCUUCGGCAGCAACCUUCCCAUCUCAUUAUUAUGCCGUCCAACCAGGAUUUCCUUUUAAUGUCUAUGGCUACUCUCCAUGCUCGCCUGAUUAUUCCAAUUACCCCACGAACUACUAUAAUGUGUACGGAGGGGCCGCUGGCCAAUAUCCAGUGUAUGGUGGUGGCUUGAUGAGCGGUACCGGAGCAGCUUUCUACCCUUAUCUUUUCGGAGAAGGAAUGGCCGGCACUGUUUGCCCUUCCGGCCAAGGAUACAAUAUCCAUUUUCCACAUCACCUGUUUCACUACUCAACCGGGAGCUAUCCACAGCAUUUUGGUGCACCGGUGGCUCUUGCACCUACUCCACCCUUGCAAUAAGGUGUGACAAUGGCUCUUCAUCCCAGAAGAUUCAUUCCAAUCUGCUCUAAAGUUUCAACCUUGGGCCUAACCAUGGUUUUCCUUUUCUCCGUCUAUUUCUAUCUAACUCUAAUCACCUCCAAAAAAUGGAGAAUCAUGCAUGUUUUUUUCAAUUGCAUCUUUUUAUCAACAAUGGUUUGUUGAAGACAAGCAAAGCAUUUUUUUUAUCUAAAUGCCAACUUCUGCUAAUUGGAUCAGCAAAGUUGAGAAAACUUUUUGCACCAUUAGCCCAUGGAAAGGCUAAUUAAAACAGAUUACUUUUUCUUCUAACCUUUAGCCUAGGCAAGGCUAAUAAACAGAAAAAUGGUGUGCAAAAUUUGUAAAUUCAGCAACAAAAAGCAAGCCACUCAUUUUCAAUUUUUUUAAAUGGCUAAUCACCUCUUGAAAAUGAGGCAGUUUUAGCAACAAGGUUUUUUGUGUGUGCAUUGACAUCUAGUUUUUAGGGUUUAAAAACUAGGACCAUGUGGUCAUAUAUUUUUUAAAAUGCUUUUGUUCUUAAUGUAAUAAUAUAUCUAAAACAAUCACCAUCUUCCCUAAGGCAAAGGGAAGAUCAUGUUUACGUAAAAAAAAAACUAACCCUGGCUUGUUUAUUUUGUAAAUUCAUCAACGUAGCUUGUUUUUUCUCUAAUAUUUUCAUCAUGAUAAGAACUCCAUGAAUGGAUGUGGAGGUCAAAGCAUUUGCAUGUAACCCUAUAGGAGAUAUUUUGGUUUCUUGGGGUUCUUCUCUUCUAACGUACCAAUCGACAACCAUGGUUAGUAACUUGGGUGAUCCUCAACACAGGCUCCCUCUAGAACUGUCACUAGGAACUUGUUGCUAUCAGCCUAUAUAUAUAUAUAUAUAUAUAU